UAGAGGAAGAAAUGGACCUUACGGGUGGGUAGAAGACAAAAACAUCUGAGCUGAGUGAGCUGUGACUUACUUCUAAAAUGAGUCUCUCUGGGGAGAGAGAGGAGGAGACCACUGCCUCUAAAAUGAGUCUCUCUGGGGAGAGAGAGGAGGGGACCACUGCCACUAAAAUGAGUCUCUCUGGGGAGAGAGAGGAGGGGACCACUGCCACUAAAAUGACUCAAGACACCAGUUCUAAGAGUGUCCAGAAGCCCAGAGCAGUGUCACCUACAACCAGCCUGCUAUCAAUGAAGAGUGAUCAGCCACCUGCUUUCAGCCAGGAACCAUUACCAGAUGACAAUAAGGAAGUGGAGAGUUUGGACAGUGAGGAUGCAUUAAAGAUCACACACAACCUUCUGGACAGAAGAUGUCAAACUCUGCUGACAGUCCAACAAGACAUUAAGGCUAAACUGAAACACAAGUUUCAGCACAUAUCUGAAGGAAUUGGACACCAUGGAAACCAAUGUUUGUUCAAGGACAUCUACACAGAGCUCUACAUCACAGAGGGUGGAAGUGGAGGGCUCAAUAAUGAACAUGAGGUUAGACAGAUGGAGAUGGCAUCCAAGAAACAAACCACACAAGAGACACCAAUCAAAUGCAACGACAUCUUCAAGCCUUUACCUGGACAAGACAAACCUAUCAGAACUGUGCUGACCAAAGGAAUCGCCGGCAUUGGAAAAACAGUCUCUGUGCAGAAGGUUGUCCUUGACUGGGCAGAGGGAAAAGCAAAUCAGGACGUUCAUUUCAUGUUUCCUCUUCCUUUCCGUGAUCUGAACCUGAAAAAGGACCAAUACAGUCUGAUGCAACUUCUUUCCCACUACUUCCCAGAGCUGAAAGAGAUUGACAGCAUUGAAGAUGUGGAAACCAAAACUGAUUUCAUUUUGGAUGGUCUGGAUGAGUGUCGACUUCCUCUAGACUUCAAAAACAAUGAGAAGUGCUCUGAUGUCAUGAAGCCAACCUCAGUGGACGUGCUACUGACAAACCUCAUAGAGGGGAAUCUGCUUCCCUCUGCUCUCCUCUGGAUAACCACACGACCUGCAGCAGCCAAUCAGAUCCCUCCUGAGUGUAUUGACCAAGUGACAGAGGUACGAGGGUUCAAUGAUCCACAGAAGGAGGAAUACUUCAGGAAGAAAAUCACAGAUCAGAAACUGGCCAAUGAAAUCAUCAAACACAUAACGACAUCAAGGAGCCUCCAGAUCAUGUGCCACAUCCCGGUCUUCUGUUGGAUAUCAGCCACUGUCCUUGAGACGAUGCUGAAAGUGGCAGAGAAGAAUGAAGUCCCCAAAACUCUGACCCAGAUGUGCUCACACUUCACGCUCAUCCAAAUCAUUGUGAAGAACAGGAAGUACAACAAAGCCACAGAGACAAACGCAAAGGAACUGUCUCAGUCAGACAAAGAGAUGAUCCUGAAACUGGCAAAGCUGGCUUUCCAACAGCUGCAGGAGGGCAACCUGAUCUUCUAUGAGGAGGACCUGAGAGAGUGUGGCCUUGAUGUCACAGAGGCAUCAGAGUACUCAGCAUUGUGUACAGAGAUCUUUAAAGAAGAAUCUGGGCUGUACCAAGAGAAGAUCUACAGCUUUGUGCAUCUGAGCAUUCAGGAGUUUCUAGCAGCAGUGCAUGCUUUAGAAUCAUGUCUGGACAAGAAGGAAAAUGUUUUCUCCCCCACUAGUGAUGAUGAAAAGAAGGAGUCAAUCAAAUUGUCUGACUUACACAGGAGAGCAGUGGACCAGGCCUUGAAGAGUGAGAAUGGACACCUGGACCUGUUCCUCCGCUUCCUUCUGGGUCUCUCGCUGGAGUCCAAUCAGAAUCUGUUACGAGGCCUUCUGACACAGACAGGAAGUACAACACAGAGCCAUAAGAAAACAGUUAAGAGAAUAGUCAGGUACCUUUCAGACAAGAUCAAAUACGAAUCCUCACCAGAAAGGAUCAUCAACUUGUUCCACUGUCUGAAUGAACUUGGUGCCAACUCUUUAGUUGAAGACAUGCAGACCUCCCUGCGAUCAGGAACUCUUUCAGAAACAAUACUAAAACCUGACCAAUGUUCAGCCCUGGCCUACCUGUUACUGAUGUCAGAGGAGGUGCUGGAGGAGUUUGACCUGAAGAUGUGCAACACAUCAGAGAAAGGUUAUCAGAGGUUGCUGCCAGUCGUGAAAACCUGCAAGAGAGCACUACUAGCUGGCUGUAAACUCACAUAUGAAUCCUGUGAGACUCUGACCUCAGCUCUACAGACACCAAACUCCCCCCUGAGAGAACUGGACCUCAGCUACAAUGACCUGAGAGGCAGAGGGGUGGAGCUGCUCUGUGUUGGACUAACCAGUCCACUCUGCAACAUACAGACACUAGUUCUAGGUCAGUGUGGUCUGACAGAGGGUUGCUGUUCAGAUCUGGCCUCAGUCCUGAGUUCACCCAACUCACAACUGAAACAACUGGAGCUGAGAGACAAUGACCUGCAGGACUCAGGAGUUACACUGCUGUCUGCUGGACUGGAGGAUCCAGACUGUAAACUACACACACUGGGGCUGUCUGGCUGUCUGGUCACAGAGGAGGGCUGUGCUGCUCUGUCUUCAGCUCUGAGGUCAAACCCCUCCCACCUGAAAGAGCUGGACCUGAGCUACAAUCACCCAGGAGACUCUGCAGGGGGACUGCUUUCAGCUGCUCUGGUGGAUCCCACAUAUAAACUGAUGAAGCUGAAUGUGGAUCAUGGUGGAGAGUGCAGGCUAAAAUCAGGGCUGAGGAAAUAUGCCUGUCAUCUCACCCUGGACCCAAAUACAGCAAACCCAAACCUGAUACUGUCUGAGGGGAACAGGAAGGUGAUAUGUGUGGAAGAGAGGCAGCAUUAUGAAGACCAUCCAGACAGAUUUGACUAUCUUUACCAAGUUCUCUGCAGAGAAGGCUUAUCUGGAGGUCGUUAUUACUGGGAGGUGGAGAGGGAUGGUAGCAUGGCUGACAUUGGUGUGGUGUACAAAGGAAUGGAGAGAAAGGGAUGGGAGGAUGCCAGUUGGAUUGGAGGCAAUAGGGAGUCCAGAUGUUUACUCUGCUCUCACAGUGGUUAUCGCUUUUACCAUGAUGGAGUCAACAGAAUCAUCCCUGGUCCUGUUUCUAACAGAGUUGGAGUGUAUCUGGACUGGCCAGCUGGUACUUUGUCCUUCUAUAGUGUGUCCUCCUCUGGUACACUGACACACCUUUACACAGAACACACCACAUUCACUGAACCCCUCUAUCCUGGGUUUGGGAUUUCCUUCUUCUCAGUGACCUCAGUGACCCUGUGUCAGAUAGAUUACCAACACACUCAAAGGUGA